UACAAAUACACCUGUCUUGGUGUCUUUCCGGUACACUACUUACGGCUUACCUUAGUUAUAAUUCCGUUCCCUUAUCGAUUCGCGGGUUCCCCUCCUUUCGUUUCCCCUGCGCUACGAAAUUCUCAGCCACGGAGUCACCAAAGCCAUUCCACCCCUCCCUUGGCCCUUCCCUUAACUCGCCUUGCGGAACAAAGCCUUAAACCCUCUUCUCCAACCCAACCCAACUAAUAAUUCUUCCACAAAACAAAAUCCCGCCACAGUCAACUGCCCUCUUAUCCACCCCUACGACUCAACUACUCAUCGGACAACCCUUUUUUUUUUUCCCGCGUGAACACCACACAAUCCUACACAGACUCUCCCACAUAUCAAAAAUUGCCUUUAGACAUCAUGUCGCCUGGCAGAGCAAACUGGGAUGAAGAGGAGAGUGACAGUAGCAGCGCACCGAACUCCCCCCCUGUUGUUGCUGUUCGCCGGAAGUUUGACGAUGAGGAAGGAGAAGACAGUGACGUUCUCGACUCCUGGGAUGCCGCCGAAGACUCCGAGGUAGAACGCGAAAAGGCUAAGAAGGCUGCCGAAGCCAAGGCUAAGGCUGAGGCUGAGGCCAAGGCGAACAAGAAGUCCAAGGCUCAACGUAUUGCCGAACACCAGGCAACCCGUGUUGCACGCGCCGCUGAGGAAGAGGAGGGCGACGAAAACGAGACCGAGGCUCAGAAGCGUGAACGGCUCCGUCGCACCGAGAAGGAGGCAGACCUUGCCCAUGCCGAGGAACUUUUUGGUGGCGUUGGUUCUGUUCCUAGUGGGCGCAAGGCUACCACCGCUGGCACCGCAAUUCCCGUCGCUGGCGACCCUUCGGUCACUGUCAACAUUGCCGACCUGCCUCUCUUCAACCCCACUAGGAAGGCCGAUUUUGAACUGCUUCGCAACACCUUGGUUCCUAUCAUCGGUGCUCAAGUCAAGAAAGCACACUACGCUCUCUUCCUACAGGAAUUUGCCAAGCAGCUCGCCAAGGAUCUUCCCAGCGACCAGAUCAAGAAGGUCGCCUCUACAUUGACCACUCUCAGCAACGAGAAGCUCAAGGAAGAGAAGGCUGCCCAAGGCGGCGGCAAGAAAUCCAAGGCUUCCAAGACCAAGGCUACGCUGGUCGCCUCCCGCCCCGACGUUGCAGACACUCAGGCUUAUGACGAGGAUGCCUUCGGAGAGCAACAGUUUGCGUCGUUUUUUAGAGACACGACAAUGGCCAUGGCCAUCUAUCAAUAA